AUGAUCUAUUCGUCCAUCCGCGGAUGUUUACGGCUGGCAUGUUAAAUGGCAAUGAACAUGGACGUGGCGCAGGCGUCCCAGGUGGUAGCCGACGCUCGUCUCUCGACGUCGGCGAACUCGCCCGACGACGCUAGCUCGGGCGGGACCCACGGUGAGUCGUUGCCGCGCAAGGGGUCUGUCGACGCGCAACCGACAACGAGCGACGGGGACGGCGGCGACGUGGAGAAGAAGCACGAGGAGCCCGCAAGGAGCGCGACGCGACCGGAUAGCCCGCGCUUACCACAGACCCCAUUAGCCUUUACCAUCGACUUCGGUGACAAGGAGGUGGACACGGCGAGGUAUCAGAACCUGUUUGAAAGGUACAACGCCAGACACAGGCGGAACCUGUCCACGUCCAAGGUAGAAGUAAAAUUAAAGAAGCCGAGCACUAUAUUGUCUCCAAACUUGGUGCAGAAGCAGAAAGUUCCUAGCACUCAUUCGGAGGGUUACUUUAGCAGCGAGGAUGAUACAAAGCGAAAAACUGACCAAUUAUCAGAAAGACUCAAACAUUUAGGUGUCAAGAAUUCUUCGAAAGCACAUUCUAGCACAAAAAAAUCUACGAAUGAACCAGUAGAACCUUCUCAUCAAAAUAAACAGUAUUUAAUGACAAGGUCCUGUGACGAUGAGUUACGUCACAGUAAAUUGUCUCCUCAAGGCCUUUCUUUAGAACUGGAAACCAACGAAAAUGUAUAUUGGACAUCUCAAAGGUCUGCAACGAUAAAUGAUUUAAGUCGUAUUCAGAUUAGCAAUUACGAUGACGACGAAAAUGAGAAGCGAUACACGAAGAACAUCGAGUAUAUCGACAUUAAUCACGAAUGCAAGGAGGUAAACAAUGUAGAGGACAACAAAGUGUCUAACAUGAAUUAUCUCACUGAUGAUUUCAAUAUAAAGAAUACGAAUGAGAGGGAGAACAAUUUGUCGAGUGAUCAGAGAGAGCAAUUAGUCGAUUACACGAUGGAUUUAAACGCGGAUGAUACCGGGGAUACCAAUCUAGAUGUAUUUAACGUCAGCAAUGUCGACGCUAAUUCCGAUGGUGCGGUGAGCGAGGCUGGAACGUAUACGAUUCACAAGGACUAUACCGACGAAGAGAAAGCGAGAAUGGACAUCGACAAGGUUUUCAGUGUUGGUGUUUUAACUGAGGAUGAAAGCAAUGAGGCAUAUGUUCAUAAUUUUAAGAUGAGUAUUUCACGCGAUAAUAACGCGUGGAUAUCGGAAUGGGCCACUCAAGUAGCGGAGCAUAACUCUCUACCUCCGAUAAUAGGCGGUUCGACAGGUCGUACACCGCCUUUGAGUCCCACAAAAAUACCAUCUCCAAUUCAUGCUAGAUCUCAACGAGUAUCACGUAAUCGUUAUGAACAGUCAUCUGACAGCAAUCUGGAUACAGAUUCGUACGUACGAAUAAAAGAAAGGCUCGGUUUAGUUUCAAGUCAGCAUCAAAUUAUAGACUCCGGUGGGGAAUCCGACGAUGAUACCAGCAAUAGUUACAAUACGCCGCCUAACAGCUCACAACGUACACCUGUACAUAAUACCAUAGUUAGACGCGGCAGUUUGUCCGAAUCGUUGUUUCGACGAGCGAACAACAACGAAAAUAGACGAAGCGUCCGAAAAUAUUUAAGUUCAGCCAAAUCGAAGACUGCUGAUACCAAUGUAGAAUUAUUGAAGAGCCCGUCCCAAAUCUUGUCGCCUCUCCAUUUUGAGAGAAGAAGUAGCUCUCUAGAUAGGAAAGAAUAUGCUUCUGAUACCGCGGAACCUAAUACGUCCAGAAGAAAUAGCGCGAAGCAUAAGGAAGACUUUAAACAGAAUACAAAUAGUCCCAUUUUAAGUCGUCUCAGACCACCUACACCGAAAUUGACUAAUAGCCCCAUUGUUACUCGUAAGGCUGCUGUAGCGAAGAUUCUUAAUUCCCCUAUGUUGGAAAGACCUAAACAUUUGGCAAAACAGUCACAAGCGACAAAUAUAGGAUAUUUUACAUGCGUAGAAAAUAGCCCAUAUAUGUUGAGAAAAUCCAACAGCACUACGAACUAUCAUGAAGGAACUAGUUAUUUUGAUAAGGACUUGCCUAUUAAAACGCCUAGCAUCCUACGAAACAGUCCAGAGUUUCAGCGGCAUCUCAAUAUACAAAGAUCAUCAAGUAAUGCGAGCAUUAGAAACAUGAAGUCGCAGAAUCUCGUAUCGCGUCGCAGCAGUUUCAAUAGUAGCGAAAUUGACAGAAUAUCGAGAGGAAAAUAUGCCUCUGCUGUUGCCUCUGACAGCAGUAGCGAAACUGGUGAACAACAAAGAAAAUCUCCUCUGAUGCCAAUCUCGUCUGGAAUUAAGUUGAAUAGAGCUUUCAGCAUAAGAAGAGCAAGAUUAAAUUGUGAAUCCGAUACAACGCCAAAUACAACCCCUGAAGAAAGGCGUAGAAGAGCACAAUCCGAAGUUAAGACUGUAGCACCUGUGAACAAGCAACAAAAUUAUCAUCGUAUUCGCACAAACAGCGUCGGAGCUCACAGUAAGGAGUCAUCGAAAAAACCGGAAACAACGAAAUUCAAAGCACCGUCUAUAUCUAGGACCGAUACCGGGAGAUUUAGUAUGAGAGCCUCAAAACCAACUCAUCAUCCUCCCGGUAGUCAGAAAACGAAUCAGAAGCCAAGCAAAGAUCACAAAAAGUCCGGCAGAAGUAAUUCCUCUCUUACGUCCAAGGAAGUGGAGUUUCAAAAUUGGAAGAGGCGGAAAAGUUACGAUCCGAUGAAAGCAGCGGCUGAAGGGAGAAAAAAAUUAAUAGAUAGUACAAAGAAGCAUCACAGUACUGAAGACGGUUCUGGCAACCAUGACAGUUCCGUGCUGAGAUCAGCAAGUUUUCACGGUACAGGAGGUGCUCUCUCAUUAGCCAACGACUGGUCGGAUAAUGAAUUAAAUUACUGUUACGAGGACAACCAAGUACCACCGCCUAGUAGUCCACAGCUGGAGAGCGACAGUGAUUUAGAAACUUCGUCUUAUCUGCAAACAACUCAGAAUGUUGUAUCCGCGAUGUCCGCUCGUAUGACGGGAUACCGUCCUCCACUUGUUUCCGAUAAUGAGAGCGACGAAGACACGAGUCACAGCCUGCAUCAGAAUAUAUCGAAAGGAUUACGCCAUCCAAGCGAUACGGAGAGCAGUGACGAGCAGCAUCCUAUGCCACAAUCUCCGAUCUCUAACACUAAAUACAACAAGGAAUUUAAUUUCCGUAAAGCAAAAUUGGAUUUGCAACGAACAAAACCUAUGUCUUCCAAUGUGAAUAAAGCGAAAAAUUUAUCGCAUGAUGCACAUAGUAAAUCAGAGUCGCUUUCCAGUAUUAAUAGAACAGAUUCUGGACGACCUAGCACGCGAGUUAACAGAGGUUUGAGCAUGGUGCCUAAAAGUAAACCAAAGGAACCAAAAAAGCCCUCGGCGCCAAAUGUACGGGAAGUCGAGAUGCAAAAUUGGAAACGUCGUAAGAGCUAUGAUCCUAUGAAAGCAGCUAUGGAAGGACGGAGAAAAGCCGGCUUGGCGAAGAAAAAUGCAACUCUGUCACCGAGGACCGAUAGUGAUCGAUAAUCUAAAAAUAACGUGGCAAAACAAGCAAGCGUCAAGUAGCGAGGUCGCAGAGUUUCCACGGAUCAGUAGGAUUAGCAAUCAGCGAUUGGAGCGACGAGGAACCGGUCAUAUCUGCAGAUGAAGGUCCACUUUAUUAGGAUUAUCUCAGAGUCUAGUGGGUAAUAUGAAAACGAGUACAUGUGUAAAGAUGAAAUAAAGCCAAUUACAAAAAUUCUUAUACAUAAAAAUUAUGCAAGAAAGAAUAAAAAUUUUACAGGAUGUGAUAGGAACUAAGCACUCUCCUAUAUCUAAAUAUAAAUAUAUUAAAAAAGAUGUGGUCGAUAACUAACUGAAGAAAUUUUUUCUAUAACAAAUUUGUAGGCUGUCGAUUGCCUAUACCAUUGCUAAAUCUUAAGUUACAAAAAAUGCGCUUCCUGAAAGUGAUACUUAAAAAUUAUAUGCCGGAAAAUUAUAUUAUGAUAUUAGUAUUAAAACGUCCAAUUAUUUGUGAUUAAUUUGUACGAAAUUUGUCCUUUUUUUAAAUUGUUUCGUACCUUUUACAUACAAAAUACAAAAUAUUGCCUAAAUAUAAAGAAUAUUUUACGUGUACAAUAAUAUUAUAAAACAAAAAGAAAAUUAAUAAAGGAAACUCGAGAUGUCUUAAUUAUCGAGCGAGAAUAUAUCAAUACGAUAUUCAAUUUAUAAUAAGGAGUGCUAAAAAUAUAAAGAAAUAUAUGUGUGUCAUUGGUUUGAUUAUGAUUGGACCAAUCGCGUAGCGUUUAUGUACAAAUAUUUUUAUCUAUGCAAUAUUUGUUUCGCAUUGGUGCAGGCUAAUUAUGAAAUAUUCGUUUAAAUAAUAAUUUAUAUAAAGUAUUUUUUCAUUAAAAAAAGUAGCGAACACGUGAAAAAGUUUUAACUUUAAAUCUGUCUGUCUUUGUCAUGAUGGAAUUGUAUAUGUUACAUUGUUGAUAAUAGUAAAAAAUAAAUAUUGGUACUCGCGAUUUCUUCCUGCUAAUGUAACUAUUGAUACAGAAAGAUCGAUAUGCUACGCUCUCUUCCAAAGCGCGCAAUGGAUUGUAAUAAAUAUCUUUCCUCUAUACGAUAUAAUUUAAUGUGAUCAUGAAGGGCUUUACGUUGAUCUUAAUUAUUAAGAUAUAUGUCUUAAUUAUUAGGUGUAUAUAUCACUGUCGAUCAAGUUAAUUGUAUAUUUUUUUCUCUCGAUUUUACUUAAGAACAACUAAUAGAUAUGUUUCUCAAUUUGGUUCAAAGAGAUUGAAUUGUCUGUAAUAUACUCGACCAGGUAAUAUUAAAUGACAUUGACGUAACAUAAGACGUAUUUUAUACAUAAGUACUUGUUCAAAGGAUUGUAUCACUUGUUCAUCAUAACAUGCUUGUUGUUCCAAUGUAAAUUUAAAUUUUAUCUGAAUUUCCUGGAGAAUUUCGUGAAAUUUAUACAUAUUUGUUGUGCAUAUCGCAAGCAUUAUGAUAAAGAGAUUAUAUUAAUGCUCCCUUUAUUGCAUAAUUUUUAAAAGACUUCCAUUAUAUUAAUUUUUUUUAAUAUCUCAGCAUUAAAGAAGUAAAAAUAUAUUUUGAGAAAUCUUUUAUAUCUCAACAUUAAAGAAGUAAAAAUAUAUUUUGAGAAAUUUAUAUAUUUUCUUAUUAAUAUAAAUUACUGUUUAUUGAUUUACACACAACUAUGAAAUUGUGCAAUAAAGGUCGCAGAAGAAUGUGAUAUUACGACAGAAUUAGAAAAUCACUCGGUUAAAUAUGAUCGUAACACAAAUUUUUUUGUUAGAAAUUAAUAGAUAAAUGUAUAAUAGUUUCUUUAGUUAAGUUUCUAUUAUAUGUUCUGAAAAUGUUUAAUUCUUUAAUAUUAUGCAGUUUGUUAAUAAUGUUACAACGAUGAUUAUAGAAAUUACGGUAUGCUUCUGUCAUUAAAAUUACAAUUUGUUUUUAAUUAUUUAAUCAAUUAUUUAUAUAAAAAAAUAUUUAAAAUGUUUUUCUGAAAUGCGUCUUGAAAUUUAUAGAAUUGACAUUUGAUAAAAAAAAUUUAUUAUAUUUUGUGCAAUUACAUAUUGGAAGUUGAGCCUUUUUUGUCUUUUACCAACUGAGUAUAACUGUAAUAAAAUAUUCUGCAAACAUACAAAUUUCUUUUAAAUACGUAUUUAUUCGCGUUCUUGUUCUUUCUUUAAAAAGAAAUGGGCUUCCAAUGUGCACACAAAAACACGAACCACUAUAUUUUCAAAAUAUAUAUAUAUAUUAAAAUACACGAAAUGAUAUAUUGCAUCAUUUUUAUUUUGUAACUGGAAAUAUGAGGAUUAUUGAGAUAAAAAAAAUCAUACCUUUUAAUUAUGAUUUUGAAUUAGCGACGUAACGUCUGUGGUAAGACGUUAACUAUGCUCAAGGUUUCAGAUUCGAUCCCUGAUGACAAGAAUUUUUAGUUGCGAUUUUAUUUUUCUCAAAAAAUGUAAUCUCAUAUAACAAAGAGAAAUCUCGAUUAUUUCUAGACAUACCUGUCAGCCGGAUCCUCAUUUUUCUAGAUUAUUUUAGCGAACAGCGAUAUGUAAAUUGUUUUAUUUCGUCAAUAAACUUUUUAGUAAUCGAGUCUUGGUUUUCGUUUUAUUAUUAAUGAUGCUGUAUAUCAAAAUAUUUUAUUAAUAUGAUCUGAAUCGUUUUGUCUCUUUACUAUGUACGACACAAUUGUUGUAGCAUAUAAGAUGUAUGUGUUUUGCAUCUCAUUUUGUCACAGAAAGAGAAACGAGUGCAUAUAUGCAAUAACAAUGCGAUAUAUUUUUGUAUAUUCAGAGCCUACGGCUGUAAGCGCGUUAAGUUCCAAUUCUACAGUUAACUUUUAUUAGAAUGUGUACACACAAUUCUUUUGCAAAAUGUUAUACAUGAUAGUGAAAUAUAGUAUCUGUAAUAAGAAA